UUCAGGCCUAUUCCCUAUAAAUAGUUUGCGCCGCUCGUCGCCGACUCCGACCAACUCGCGAAGAGUGUCGAUUCGACAUUCACAGCGGCGCUCGGAGGAGGCGAAGAUGAUCAUCCCCGUUCGCUGCUUCACCUGCGGAAAGGUGAUCGGAAACAAAUGGGACACCUACCUUGAUCUCCUCCAAGCCGAUUACACCGAGGGGGAUGCCCUUGAUGCUUUGGGCUUGGUGCGCUACUGUUGCAGGCGAAUGCUUAUGACCCAUGUGGACCUCAUUGAGAAGCUUCUCAACUACAACACUCUUGAGAAGACCGAGCCAAGCUAACCUGGCAAUGGAUUGCAUGAGGAUCUUUCUGCUAGUAGUCUUUUUUUCGUGGAGGCUAGGAAUGCUAUAGUGGUAGCCAGGUGCAAAACUAUGUUUGGAGUCAGUAACAGACAUAACCUGAUGCAAGGAUACAUUUGGUUACUGUAUCGAGUGUGGUUUUGUGAUGUGUCAGCGCACGUGAUUUCAGAUAGGGCUUUAUACUGUUUGUUGUGAUGAUUUACGGACACUAAACUAUUAAAUUACUGCUUUGCUCCCCUGAUGUGUUAAUGGGUACUUUUUGUGCAUGUUGAUGCUUUCUCCAGA